CUCGCAACCUCUUCGCCAGCUUCUAGAAUGUCUUUUUUAUCAAGCGAGGCUGGACUUGCCCCGCCAAACCCAAGGUCCUCGAAACCACCUGCAUCUAUUCGAUACAACGGCUGCGAGUCCGCGACGAGGCAUGCGCUAAUUCUUUGGUGAUCGGUGGCCGACCCCGAAUGGAACUUAGCUCGCCCCAUUGGUGUGUAUACAUAUGUACUGGAAAUGUACUGUACUUUAUAGGCCCACCUGGGCAGGUGUGUAUCGUCGGUGCAGGAUGCAUGUUUGUCGCACAUCUGACUGCUCACCUGGGCAGCAGGAUACUGAUCCUUGAAGAGGCGGCCUCACUUCGCCAUCCCUCCAUCAUCUCCAUCAUCGAUGACUACUUUGUAUUGGCUCGACCGGUCAUCAUGUCAGUGAUGUAUUCGUGUGAUUUUUGGAUGCUUGUGCGACAAGUCGACGAGUUUGCCGUAUUUCUCAUCGCUCAUUCUCGUUUGAUGUUCACUUUCAGAUCAAGUCGGAAGGUGAACGCAGGCGAUUUCCUCGAUCUUCUGAUAACCUCCAGGGCUGUGGCGCUGCCGAAUAGGGCAAUUGCGCCAUGCCUUGUAGCACUUGUCCCUGCAAACAACCACAGCGUCGCAUGGUUUGCAGCCGAGUGAUGGCGCUUAUAACCCUGGAGGAAGAUGGAAACUGUCAUUGUCAU